UGCAGGGAGGGGUGAUUCCCCGGGCCCGCCCCCCUCGGCUGCGGGAAUGCUAAAGCGUGGCAGGGGCCGGCCCGGGAAGCGGAGGGGGCGGGUCUCCAUAGAAACCUCCACCUGUUUCCGGCCAGGCUGUGUGAAAUUAGGGGCUGUUGCGGGGGCCAAUCUCAGCCAGCUCGCUUCUUCCCGGCGGCCCCUGCGGGCGCGGUGGGUGUUGUACACAAUCAUCAUGGCGGCGGCCGGAGCCCCGGAUGGCAUGGACACCGAGGCCGAGGCUGUGACCACCGAGGCGCCCGCACGGCCCCUCAAUUGCGUGGAGGACGAAGCAGCGGCGGGGGCGGCGGCCGAGGACUCCUGCGACGCGCGAGGCAGCCUGCAGCCGGCCCCGGCCCAGCCCCCUGGGGACCCUGUGGCUCAGGCCUCGGUCAGCAACGGCGAGGACGCGGGUGGCGGUGCGGGCAGGGAGCUGGUGGAUCUGAAGAUAAUUUGGAACAAGACUAAGCACGACGUGAGGAUCCCUUUGGACAGCACGGGUUCCGAGUUAAAGCAGAAGAUUCACUCCAUUACAGGUCUCCCACCUGCCAUGCAGAAGGUCAUGUAUAAGGGACUUGUUCCUGAAGAUAAAACGUUGAGAGAAAUAAAAGUGACCAGUGGGGCCAAGAUCAUGGUGGUUGGCUCUACUAUAAAUGAUGUUUUAGCAGUAAACACCCCCAAAGAUGCUGCCCAGCAGGAUGCAAAGGCUGAAGAAAACAAGAAGGAGCCCCUGUGCAGGCAGAAGCAACACAGGAAAGUUUUGGACAAAGGAAAACCUGAAGAUGUGAUGCCAUCUGUUAAGGGUGCCCAGGAGCGCCUGCCAACGGUACCCCUGUCUGGCAUGUAUAAUAAAUCUGGAGGGAAAGUGAGACUCACCUUUAAGCUAGAGCAAGACCAGCUGUGGAUCGGCACUAAAGAGCGGACUGAGAAACUGCCCAUGGGCUCUAUUAAAAACGUGGUCAGUGAACCUAUAGAAGGACAUGAAGAUUACCACAUGAUGGCGUUUCAGUUGGGCCCCACGGAAGCCUCUUACUACUGGGUGUACUGGGUUCCAACUCAAUAUGUGGAUGCAAUCAAAGACACUGUGCUGGGCAAGUGGCAGUAUUUUUGAAAGCACUUUCACCUCUGGCCCAGGAGACUGACCCAAAGUGAAGGACAUUGCCGGGAGAGGUCUGCAGCAUCCCUGGAUUGCAGAGUUCUGGGACUUUGUUCACACACACAAAAAAUCUCUAUUCAAUCUGAGGUGAUGUGGUGACUGAAGCCAGAGGUGAUGUACUUUCACCAUUAGCUUAAUUUGAACUUAAAAUCACCGGUUCCCUUUCUUGCAGUCAGCUUACCAUUUUUAAAGUCAGUAUGGUGGAAAUUAAUAAAUCCAAGUUUUGAACAUGUGUGGAAUACUCUUAAGUCUGUUUGAGAGUAGAUCUGCCAGCAAUGCUGAGAAGGAAUAAUCAAAAGCACUCUGGUUAUUUCCUUUUCUCUUUCUUUUCUGUGUCUUCCUUUUCUUUUUCUUUUUUCUUUUUUCCUUUUUGUUUGUUUGUUUGUUUGUUUUUAGAAGUGAUUUCAAGUGAAAUCUUCAGAUGUCUUUGGUUGCAAACAUUUGGACUGCAUUGUGAUGAGUUGGGUUUUUUGUUGUUGUUUUGUUUUUUCCCUUGGUAUUAAAAUUGUAUGCAAAAUGGGGGUGGUUAGUAAGCCAUAUUUUUUUUUGUGUGUGUGCUCAUUGAUUCAGAUUUUUUUAAUGUUUUCUCACUUUCGUAUGAUUUUGUUUUAAACCCAAAGAUGCAGUUUCUCUUUUGGUACCUCAUCUUCACCUCCUUGCCAGGCUCUUUCCCAUGUGCUGCUGCUGCUGCUUGGGAAUACACAUGGGAAAAGCACAGCUGGUGGUCUUGGUGUAGGGGCCCCCACCUUGCUGGGGUGUCCGCUGAGCAGCAGAGUAUAUCUCGCUUGACUCCUGUGUACAUGUCUUACCCUUUGGAUUCCUGUUCUGGGGGGAGUUCCACUGCUGAUUUGGUUGUUGACAGCCUUCUUUGAGCUGGGCUUUGAAGCUCUGCCUAUCACCACAACUUGGGACUUGCUGCUCCAAGGCCCCCUGCUCUGAGGAGCCGGAUUGCCAUAUGGCCUCAGAUCACAUGCUUUCUUUUCUUGGGAAGCUUCCCAGAACUCCUUAAGCAGUCCAGUGGUUGUUUGAAUUAUGCUUCUCCAUUUGAUCCUUCUCAUGUGUUCAGUUGAAGUGUCCUUUAUCCCAGGUUCAGAGAUGCUGCCUUUCUCAUGGAAGACCUCUGACCCAGUGGGUUGGCCAGUGGUAUUCCAACAACAGAGAUGGGAUAAGUUGCUUUUAGGACCAGCUUGGUCUCCUGGUGUUAGCCCUGAUGUUCUUUGUACACGUGAACUGCUGUCUUCUCCGUAAGCCUUGAUUGACUGAAAUGAGGGACAGUCUCUUGGUGGAUCCCCUUUGUGCUGUUUGCUGUUUCUCUGCUGCCGUCUUUGCAAUUCUCCUCUCACUGAUUGCAGGCUCUCAUAGUAAGGCUUGGUGAGAAAUCUUCCCAGCGUCACACUUUGGAAUCUAAGCUGUUACCCGCCCUCAUCCUGUGAAAUGUAUUCGCAUGUUUUCACCUAAGAUGACUAUUCCUUGUGAGCCAGUUAAUGACGAUAUUUAUGCCCUUCCCUUCUAAACUGUAGUUUGGGAAUCCAACCCACAUAGACAGACUCUUGCUUUUUGUGGUGUACUCAGUGCCAAGUUAUGCAUCUGGACAGGCAAACUUACUCUGCUUUUUGGGCGUGUAAGUAAUGUAUGCAAAAUUCAGCGUCCAAGAAACUGCCUGUGUUUUAGCACCUCAGUGGUAAUUGUGGAUUUUCUGUUCUUGUUGGCCUGCAGUUCCUGGAGAAAGUACAUUAUGCUCCUUGUCCAAGCCUCCUCCUGCACUUGGCAGGUCUUCCAAGGAAGUAACCAAGUGGCAGGUAGAGCAUCUUCUUGGCUUGAAUACUGUCAUUUGUUUGCAAAUGUCCCUGUCCUUGAGACUUGUCUGACAGUGCCAAACACCCAGGCCUCUGUGUUCCCAUCUUAGCUGAGGCCCCUUCUGCUACCCCCCCCUUUUUCUGUGAAGGUCCAGUGCUCUCUGCCUUCCCCCUUCCUAGUACACGUGCCCUGCCAUUAUCCCCCCUGCUGCCCAAGGGCCAAACUGCUUCUCACGUAGGCUGGUGUCAUUUCAAGAGGACCAAAGCCUCUGUGAGCCUUUUUAUUUUCAGUAAAAUGGUGCUUUUUCCUUACUUGGAGAUAUUCUCUAUAAAUAAUGUAAAUGACACCUUUUCAUAUGGAGCUGUUUUGAGUAUUGCUUUCCAGAGCUUGCUGAAUCUGCUUGAGCUCUGGCUCCUGACCCUGUCAGCACAGAAGGCCUUGCCAGAAGCUCUCAGAAGGGCAGGGGCAGGCAGUGCCAGAAGCCCUGGGAAUAAGUGUUCAGAUCUGUCUGGGUCACAGCAGUAUUUGCUAUUUUGUCACUCAGUCCCUUGAGCAGUCUUUAUAUAUUUCUUACCAUGUGGAGUAUACUGACUAAAUCUGUGUGAGCAAAUUGAAAUUCUCUUCCCAUUAGGUAGCAUCACAGUGUUUUUCCUCAGGAUUAUGUCUGUACAAUUCCUUCACUGUCAGAUCAGAGGGCAUGCAGGUAGCUAGCUAGCUCUUCUUGAGAAGGCUCUGGUGGCAUUACAUGAAGCUAGGUGGAGGAGUCCUACUCAUGACUAGUCAUCUCCUGGGCUUGUCAUCAUGUAGCCACUGAAAGGGCUGUUCUCCCAUCUACAGGUGGUACUGGUGGCCCUUCUGUAGGGCUGCCCUCACAGACAUCAUGCCUUCCUUUUCCUCCCUUAGGCGACUGGGCAGAAAAAUGUGAUCACAAAACUGCUGCUGAGCCUGGGUCCCUCAGCUCAGAGCACUCAGACUCAAGAGUUGUAGGACUUUGGUGAGAAGAAUUUUAAUUCAUGUGGGCUUUGCAGAUAGCUUUGGCCCUUCAAUUAGAUUUGAUUGGGCAAGGAUGCACUUUCAUAGCAUCUUGUGGACACAGUUGGGGCCUGGUAAAGUCCUAAGUAGCUCCUUAAUUGCUGCUUACCCUUAUGAGGGCCAAAGAGAUUAACUUUGCUACGUUGCCAUGUCUCAGAAAAGUUGCCAUAUCUCACCCAGAAGGGAUUUUUUUCCUCUUUAAUGUGCCUGGAGGAGCAUUGUGAGUUCUUGGAGUUGGCCUGCCCUUUUCGUUGUCAGCAGCUAAGAAGGGAAGGGAUAGAUAUAUAAAUGCCAAGGUCAGGCUUUCCACCCAUCUGCUGAGGGAGCCAACUUUCUUGCUCCUUACUGUUCAGCCCCAUUCCCUUGGAAAAGGAUGGUCCCUUUAUUUUGAAGUUUUGUAAUAAAGUCACCUCCAGUCAGGAUUAGGCCCAUUUCCUUCAUCAUAGGCCUAGAAGCCUUCUUGAAGUCACAGUGGCUAGGAGCCCUCUAGUGUACAGGACAGCUGGUGGAUUUAGCUGCCAGGCUGGGUGGUUCUGCUUUCUUGGUGUCUGAGAACCUUCUUUACCUUCCCUACAGAGUUCUGCAGAGGUAUUUGACAUUAUGUAAGUACUGUUUCCUUGUGGUGUAUAAUCUGUUCUUGUUUGUUUUUUAAUCAAAAUGCCUGUUUGGGAGGAGAUGAACGUAUUUAGUCUAUUAGAUUUGCGCUGCUGGAUUUUUUUUUAAUGUGUAAUCUUGACUAGCUGUCUUAUUGUUUAUCCUGUAAGAUUAGUCUAUCAAUUAAAGUUUGAUAAUUAA